AUGUCCAUGACAACGACGACAGAUGGCGGCGACAGCAUGCGUCGGAGCGCGGCGCGCAAUCCAAAGCGACGACCUAGAAAGACAGAAGGCUCAAACAGCCCCAGCGGACCACAGCGCAAGAUGCGCAAACUGACCAACACGACGGCCGAUGCCCCUCUGCCCGUCGACACGACAGAAUCUCUUCGCAGCGGACUCAAUGCACUUGCUGUGCAGUCUUCGGCCUCGUUCUCGCGCACGGGAGAUGCAGCCACGCGUCACAAGAGACCGCCGAAGAGCGACAACAGCACCCUAUGGGCGCAAACAGAUCAGUACAGUGUGCGCCAUCUUCCCAGUACACCCGACAUUCUGCGCAACAGCGCCAGCGACUACCGUGCAUCCAUCCUCACCUCACCGCCUCUCGCUCUAGCCGUCACACGAGAACGUGCCUACAUCUGGGACUACACUUCUCCCGCUCCCGUCGCUCAUCCAAAGACAUUCGAUGUGCCACGCGCAGCACGCUCUACCGAUCCUCUCCCCCUCGCCGCCCUCGUCACGUCGCCCACAAGAGACAUUGGUCUAGUGGUAAUCUCCGCCUUCACUGGAAAUGUAACCUACUGGCAGAACAUCGACACAGCCGAGUCCUUGACUCUAUUCAACCAACAAAACACUGCCGUCAAUGGAAACAUUGGCUCUCUGUCUGGCGGAGAGACGGUCAUUCACCUCGACUCAGCCGAUCAUGCCGGUUUCAUCGUUACACUGAGCUCUGGCCGAAUUGCUCAAAUGAGCCUGCUUGACGACCAAGGCAGACCAAAGAUUUCGGCGCACUUCCUGCGCUCGACCGAAGCAGCCAGUAGUGGUGGUCUGUUUGGCAGCCUCAAGAAUGCCCUUGGGGUCGGUCCCUGGAAACGCGAUGUCAUCUCGGUGCGCACUCGUCCACUUCCUGCUAGACGCGAGAUUCAGGCAAUCGCUGCGACCGAGUCUGGCCAGGUCUACACCUGGCAUCUGGCAUGGUCUGGCCAACCCACUUUCAGAGGCGCCUUCAAUUUCCGUCAAUUUCUCCAGAACGAACUGGCCGCAUCGUUGGGUGAGGAGAACAUCAGCCUCCUGGACAUGGUCAUCACCCCUGCAUCAUCGGUUGUUGAGGCUCCGCUGCAGCUAAUCCUGCUCGUCCAAGCUGGCCCUGCGUCGUCUCCAUCGUACGCUAUGGUCCAUGUCACAAUGGAAGGACAGGACAGCGCUCGUCUUGACGGCAUAAUUCGUGUCAACGCCGUCUCACCCGAUUCACCUGCAACUGUACGUCCACGACUGCUCUUACCUCAGCCCGGACACACCGCUUUCAUCAUAUUUGAGCGUGAGGUUAUCGUCGCAUCAAUCACAAGCACAAGUUCCUUCCAGGAUGCUAUUCGCCUGCGAUCGGACAAACAUGUCGUCAUCGAAGGAGGUUGCGAGGAGGACUUGAUUGAUGCGAAGGGGACUUCUUCAUGCACCAUCUUCAUCAAGGGGCAUGGCCUUGCUCGUAUCUCUGCGACACAGACUACUGCUUCUCAUCCAUCAAUAAAGACGAAAAUCGAGCAGGCCAUUUUCUACGGAACCAUAUCCGACAACAUUCUCGACUUCUCUCGCAAGUCCCAUGAUCGCUAUGACCUUGAAGAGACCGAAAGAGCUGCUUUACUCAUUAGUAAUGAGAUUCUGUGCUCCACAUCUCAAUUCAUACCGCCCCUUACCUCGUCCAUGGAGGCACAUCUGCAGAACCGUAUCAAGGCUAUUCGUGCUUUGAUACUUCACAUUCGAAGCGAAUACCCUCCUGUAUCCAAGGCGACAUCGUGGAAGCUUCUGCUUGAUGCUGAGAGAUUGGCUGCUGCUCAAGCAAUGUGGACCGUGUGUGAGGAGCGUUCUGCCAAAUCAAGUUUGCUGCCGAUUGUCGUUCAAGCCUACUACAGGAGUCGGUCUAAGCACCUGUCGAUUGACAUGGACGCUGACUUGCUGAGAUCUUGGUUUGUCAAUGACGUUGCUAGCAUCGACAGGCUGCGGACCCUGGUCUUGGUCUCAAUAGUCAAUCUACACGAGAACGGCAAGACCAAGAACAUGAUGCAUCUAGUCAGCGAAGCGGAUGAUAUUCUGUUCAGCCUGUAUGACGCUGUUUUCCAAUUUCGCACCGACAACGCCGAGGUCUAUGGCUUAGACUUGACGUUGUUCAGUGACGGUGUGCUUGAAGAGGGCUAUGAAGACCUCGCAGAACCCUGGACGUCGCAGUAUGAAGUUCUCAAUGCGCUGAACAGUUUCAUUGAUAUCUCACGCGCACUUGCAGUCAACUCCUUUGGUGAAACCUCGGGCGAUCCGGAAAUUUCUACUGUUGAGAAGGUCGUCGGCGAGAAUGUUCAUAUGGUUAACAUUCUCUGUCUCUGUUACCGGGAACGCAUCGGCUACACAAAGGUGCAUGAACAGCCUGGUUACGCCGCAAACCUUGAGAAGAUUUUCGAGAAAUCACGAUCACAUCAUUUGCGCUCUCUUAACAAGAUAGGCGAAUCUGCCGCUGGCAUCAGUAUUGCCGAGAGGUACAGAGACAUGCAAACACUGGUACAGCUCGUCAUCAAUGAGUCCCAGUUCAUGUCCAACAUUCUGAACGACCCUGGCACCGUGUCUCACGAUAAGAUCGAGACACAAGCCAACAUGAACAAGCUGCAAGCCAAAGUCGAGCAUUACUUCAAGACAUUCGGUGAAGAGUGGGCCAAUGCCUUCUUCGACAAUCAUUUGUAUCGUAACUGUAGCUAUGGCUUGUUGAAGGAAGCAGAGGACUAUAAGGAGCCCCUGACACGCUAUCUCAGAGCCGAGAAAGUUCGUGGUCGAUUGUCAUGGAUCAAUGACGUGCUCCGGGAAGGCGAUUUCCAAGAAGCUUCGACGACCUUGACAAGGUUGGCUGAAGAGCAAGAGGUCAAAUUCUGGAACAAGAAAGUCGAGCUGUCGCUUGCGAAGCUGACUUCGAUGGCCGCUAUGGAAAAAAGCGGUGUCAAAGUAUCAAACCAUGAACGCCUCGACGGUGACUUGACUGUGGUCAACACGCAAGAAGCCAUCAGACAUCACUUCCAAUACAUUCUGUAUGCAGCAGUUGACAUCGAGGCAGAGCUUCAGCUAGCGUGUGACGAACACGCAAUCUAUCUCAAGCUCAAAACUCCUGCACUCUAUGGUCUACUCGAGGCUUCUCUCGAGCACAUGCUGAGAAACGAGGCACUGUCGGUUGAAGAGAUUAUUGACAUCUUGACUCUGAUGGACACGCGGGUAGAGAAAGAUUUCGAAGCCAACAUCAUCGGCAAACAGUUCCUCAUGGCACUGCAGGUUCUCGAGGCUGGCAAGUUCAAAAUGUCAGAAGGCAGAUUCGAGACCAAUCUUCGCAUGAUCUGGAAGAGAUGCUACUUGCAAGACGAUUGGGCGUUCAUCAACAACACGAGGAGGCGAACAGACAAGCUGAUUUCGAAGCACAUCAGAAACACCCUUGCAUGUCAGACAAUGAUGCGUGGUCUGGAACUUUCACUUUUCCACCCAGGCUCAGGCAUCCGCAUGAUGGGACCUAGCGAGACACUCGGGGCAGGAUGCACGGCGGAAGAGCUACAAAGCAGAUUCCCGCAGGAGGAGCUCCGUGACCCGAUCAUGCACGACAACGUGGUGCAGGACAGAGGACUGCAAGAAAUGAUCGAGAAGUCGAAUCUGGAUCGUUGGCACGCAGUGUGUCUCGAAGAAGCCAAGAAGAAGCUGGAAGAGGAAGCGGCGGCAAACGUGCAGGAGGCAGCAGCAGCGCAACAACUGAAACAGACGUUGUCGGAAGCGGAAAACGACGGUGCGGAGAGUCAGAAGGACACGGACGCAGUCAUGGUGAACGACAACGAGGCAGUCGAGUCAUCACAGCAGAGAAGUGAUGACGACGAUGUACAGAUGGUUUAG